CAGACCAUUUCUACAAUUUAUCAAGAUCAUUUUGAAUCCUAAUCCUGGCCUCCGAAGUACUUGCAGCCUGUCCCAGCCUGGUAUCAGCAGCAAUUUUAACUGAAUUAAAUCGUGGGCAAACAAAAGAGAGACACCGCCAAAAUUACAGACUACCAAUUCCACUAAAUGUGGGAAAUACUUUUCCAAGGCUUUUGAACUCAAAAGUGGAACAGAAGGAAGACACAGGGGGACAUACACCGUUCAGUGUUAUUUUCCUUACACAGGAAAAAAAGAUCAUUAUGAGAUGAGCACUAAAGUCUCAAGUUUUCAAAGGUUUGCAUAACAAACAAGAGACACAUUGUGGGUUGCAUCUUGACUUUGAAGGCUUGCCACUGUCAACUGAAAUAAAAUGGCAAGGUUUAAAGCCUUAACCAAGUUCACAAGGAAAAUAUUUGGACUAAAAGUUUUGGAAAGUUUUCUCUCUUUGAAGUAGUUUGUCAUGUGUUACCAAUGUGAACUUUAUUGACCUUGAAACAUUUUUUUUUUUUGAAUCAAAUAGCAACUAGUGACACUUUAGUAAAAUCUUAAAUCAACAACCAUCUCCUGGCGGCUCCAGCUUCGUAGCAAAUGCAGGCAAAACAGGGAAUCUACAGAAGAGACCUUUAUUAUUCGUAAAUGAAGCCUGCCAAAACCUUCCCGAAAUAGCAUUCAAAGACCCUUUUAAGGUCAUGGAUCCUGAACAAAGUCAGAAGAGCACAAAAAAGGCUGAGGAAAGUCCAAGAAAGAGGCUUCCCAAAGGAGAGGCUUUCCAAGCCAGUAUUUCAUCCGCAGCUACGUACCAGGGCAGCUCUGCUUCUUCACAAGGAACCCCUCUCCGAGAUAUCAUAUCGCAGCAGCACUUUUCUGGUUCUUUGCCGAUUCCAAGAGAGGAGUCUCAGGAGAAGACUGGACAUCAGAAGCAACCUAAGCCUUCCUCUUUUGAACAUCCUCCCCACGUUUCGCAGCUUCAGCAGCAUGCACUGUCACCAGCAUUUAUGUCUCCGGGGAAACCAGAGCAUGUCCUUGAAGGUCCCACAUGGCAGCUAGUUGAUCCAGUAAGACCAGGUCCCUCUGGCUCCUUUUCAUCACCCGGGCUUCACUCUCACCACAGCCAGCUCUUACCUUCCCAUUCACCAAUCAUUCCUGGAGAGGACAUGCCGUCCGUUCAAAAGGUCUAUAUCCCUCGCCCUUCGCAGGUUUCCUUAAAACAAGCCGAGGAAGUGCACAAGAAGGAAAAGAAACCUCAGAAGCCAGGCAAAUAUAUUUGCCAGUACUGCAGCAGGCCUUGUGCAAAGCCAAGUGUGCUCCAAAAACAUAUCAGGUCACACACGGGUGAGAGGCCAUACCCUUGCAUUCCAUGUGGCUUUUCUUUUAAGACUAAGAGCAAUUUGUAUAAACAUAGGAAGUCUCAUGCUCAUCGAAUAAAAGCUGGGCUGGCCUCAGGGAUCGGAGCGGAGAUGUAUCCAUCGAGCUUGGAAAUGGAAAGGAUUGGUGGGGAGGACUUUGAAGAGCCAACAGAAGGAGAAAGCACAGAUUCGGAGGAGGAAACGGGUGCAAUGUCAGGCCAUUCAGUAGAGCUCUCACCCAGGCAGAAGCACACCCUGUUGUCCAGUAGUUUGCUGAGUGGAGGGAGCCAAGGCUCCAGCCACGACCGGUGUUCAUUAUCUCAUUCCAGUAUGUCUCAGUCUCUUGAGGACAGCACCCAGUUUGUGGAGCCAUCCUCAGACCAUGCUCUGAGCCAUAAAUCUGAAGAUACCCACACUAUAAAGCAGAAGCUUGCACUCCGCUUAAGUGAACGGAAGAAGGUCAUAGAUGAACAGGCUUUCCUGAGCCCCGGGAGCAAAGGGAGUACCGAGUCAGGCUACUUCUCGAGAUCGGAAAGUGCAGAGCAGCAGAUCAGCCCACCAAAUACUAAUGCAAAAUCUUAUGCAGAAAUUAUUUUUGGGAAAUGUGGUAGAAUUGGGCAAAGGACUGCAGCGUUAGCUGCAAACACAACCCAGGGGUUUCCACACCUGUCUACCGAAGAGAAACCUAGCAUGGUACCAUUAUCUGUGCCUAGAACACAGGUUAUUGAACACAUCACUAAGCUAAUUACAAUUAAUGAAGCUGUUGUAGAUACCAGUGAAAUAGAUAGUGUUAAACCUAGAAGAAGCUCUUUAUCUAGACGUAGCAGCAUUGAAUCUCCAAAGUCUGGUGUAUAUAGAGAACCGUUUCAGUUUGAUAUCAAGUCUGGUUCCAGUAGCCAGUUGGAUGCAUCGAAAGUGUUGACAUCCCACAGUGAAAAAAUUAAGCCCGAACAAUCAUUGUUGUCACUUCAGCAAUCCCACAGUGCCACAGAGACAGUGCCUCUCCUAAGAAGCCACUCAAUGCCUUCUGCUGCAUGCACUAUAAGCUCCCCACAUACCUUUAGAGGUAGCUAUUCAUUCGAUGAUCACAUCAUGGAGCCUGAAGUCUUAAGCCGCAGUCAAGCUUUUUCUUCCCAUCCUCGAAUGCUAAAACGACAACCAGCUAUUGAGCUACCUUUGGGAGUAGAAUACGUCUCGGAGGAGGUUAGUUCUGCAAACAAAGAAACUGUUUCCAAACCUCCCGAGGAGCCUGAAACCAAGGAAAGCGAUCUUACCAAAAAGUCACGGAAGGGUCCGAAAGUUAAAGGGUUCAUGUAUGAGUGUAACAUAUGUGGUGCUCGGUAUAAGAAAAGGGACAAUUAUGAAGCCCAUAAGAAAUACUACUGUUCAGAACUGCAGCUCUCAAAGCCUCGUUCUUCCACUUCCCAUUCCUCUUCAGAGACUGAGAAAAGCGCUGCAGAUCCUGACACGUGGCCCCAGAUGAUGCAUUACAAGCUUGGGAGCAGUUUGGAGCUCACCCCGCUCCGAAAAAGACGAAAGGAAAAGAGUCUUGGUGAUGACGAGGAGCCUCCAGCUUUCGAGCUGUCUGACACUCCUUCCUCCAGUACUGGGCCUGGGACUCAGUUUGCAAACCCGACCUCAUCUGAUGUGGCUUUAAACCUAACCCGUGAAUCCAUUAAGUCACCAGCAGAUCCGGGUAAAUCCACACCUUCUGAUGUCAGUGGCAGCUUUCAUUCCAGGAAUACCAAACCGGCUUCGAGUGCAGAGGGCAAAGAGAGAAGAACAACCUCAAAGGAGAUCUCUGUCAUCCAGCAUACGAGCUCUUUUGAGAAGUCUGACUCUAUUGAGCAGCCGAGCAGCUUGGAAGGAGAAGACAAACCCCUGUCACAGUACUCAUCUCAGCCGACACCCCAGCACAGCCGACCGCCUCACUCCCUGCAGCCCAAGCUGGUACGGCAGCCCAACAUCCAGGUCCCAGAGAUUCUGGUCACUGAAGAGCCUGACAGACCAGAAACAGAGCCAGAGCCUCCUCCGAAAGAGCCAGAGAAAACAGAAGAAUUUCAGUGGCCGCAGAGGAGCCAGACCCUUUCUCAGCUGCCUGCAGAAAAACUCCCACCAAAAAAGAAGAGGCUGCGGCUGGCAGAAAUGGCUCAGUCAUCUGGAGAGUCCAGUUUUGAAUCAGUCUCUCUCACCCGAAGCCCAAGUCAGGAAAGCAGCAUAUCCCACGGCUCCAGUCACUCUGUCUCGUUUGAUCGUGAAGAUCACAGCAAGUCAGAGUCAACUAGCCAGCCCUCUGAAUCCCACCCAAAGCCUCCUGGCGUUGGCUCACAUAUGUUGAUGGUACCAAGCCACCAUCAUCAUUCCAGGGAAAUGCGGAGAUCUGCUUCUGAGCAGACACCGAAUGUGUCCCAUCCUUCCCAGAUGUCAGAGACCCGCAGUAAAUCAUUCGACUACGGGAGCUUGUCCUCGGCUCCUGCCUCAACGCCCGGCCCCUCAGCCUCCUCAGCUCCCCAGGAGAGAAGAAAAUGCUUUCUAGUUAGGCAAGCAUCCCUCACUAGACACCCGGAGCACGAGCCCGACUCGGCUCCAACAGGCCGGCCAGAGACAGAAGAUCCAAUUCCUAUUUCAAGUAAAUCUCCUUCAACAAGUUUGCCCCAUCAGCCGACAUCUUCAUCCCCUUUGCCCUCUCAUGGUACUUACCCAAGUGAAAAGAGUCAGCCAAAAGACAGCCCUCAGCCAUCAUACACCCAGCCAUACACGGAAGCUCUGCAAGUGUUUCACCAUCCUGUACCACAGCUCACGCUGCAUGAAAAGCAGUUCAUGUCCCCGCAAGUUUCUAUCUUUCCCUACCAACAUCUCCUGCCGCAGCCAGGGCAGUCUGCAGAGCUCUUUGCCACACACACUAUGUCCGAUAUCCUCUCUGCUCAGUUCACCAUGCCUCCGAUUCCUCCUUCCAUAUUUCAGACCCCACCACUGCCUUUACCACAAACCCUCAUCCACCCAGGCCCGCUUCAUAUUGCUCCUCCAUUAAUGUCUCACCCUGCCGAGGUGCCGUUCAGGCAGCAUCCUUCAUUCCUGCCAGUGCAUUACCCUGGCUCUUCACCAAUCCCUUCAGCCUUUUUUCUGCCUCUUCAGUCUCAGUUUGCGCUCCAGUUGCCAGGUGAAGCUGGUGGACAUUUACCGCAGAUCAAAUCCAGUUUAUUCCCAGCAGCAGGAACCUCCAGUCUUUCCCCAUGCACAGAGUAUGGCUCGGACAGUAGGUUGCAUCCUCUGACCUGCACAAGUCCAUCAGUGUCUGUAUCCACAUCUCAGCUCGUUGUUCCCAUGCGGUCAGACCCGAUGGUGUCGCUUGUUGUCCCCGUUCGCAUACAGACAAAUAUGCCGUCCUAUGGGAGCGCGAUGUACACGACGCUUUCCCAGAUUCUGGUCACUCAAUCCCAGUGCAGUUCCUCUUCUAUCGUUCUCCCAAAAUUUGAUGAUCGCCAACCCAAGGGUACCCUGGUCUGUAGCGCUGAUGUUCAUGGACUAGGUUUCGAUCUGGCACAGAUGAUCACAGAGGAUCAGAGAAGCAUUUUCCAGAGCCCGUAUCUGAGAGUGCCCUUACCCUUACCAGAACGAAAAGGCUAUAUGCCACUCACCUCCCCAUCAGACAGUGUCCUUGGAGUGGAAGGAGGCCCAUCAACAGUUGGUGGAAGCAAAAGGAUGCUUUCUCCAGCUGGUAGUUUGGAGCUGACAAUGGAAACGCAACAGCAGAAGAGAGUGAAAGAGGAGGAAGUGUCUGAAGCAGAAGAGAAGUUGGAAGUAGUGAAGCCACCCAGUGCAAUAGAGGAAGGGAAAAAGCAGGAUAAAUCUCACUUUCUUGCAGAAAGCCAAGGCAGGGUAGAGGUUGAAACACCACCUAGUUUGUCCUCAGAGCAGUCAGAGCCAAAGGAAAUCCCAAGUACUUUGCAGCAAGCUGUGUCCCAUUCAGGUUCUCCAAGUUUUGAGACACUGGAAGAGUACAAGCAGCCAGCUGGCAAGCAGUUCCUCAGCAAGGCACCUUUGCAACCCGUGAAGAAAGAAGACUCCAAAGAACUGGUGGAGCAGUCUCCACCAAACCCUCCAAGCCCUGCACCUCUGUCUGAGGUCACUCAUAGUGCAAUGAAGUCUCGAGAAGGUACAGAUAUGAAGAAGGUACUUCAGUUCCCCAGUCUCCACACAACCACUAAUGUCAGUUGGUGCUAUUUAAACUACAUAAAGCCAAAUCAUAUCCAGCAAGUUGAUCGACGGUCUUCAGUGUAUGCCAGCUGGUGUAUUAGCUUGUAUAAUCCUAACCUUCCAGGUAUAUCCACUAAAGCAGCCCUUUCCCUCCUGAGGUCCAAGCAGAAGGUGAGCAAGGAAACCUACACCAUGGCUACUGCUCCACGUCCAGAGGCAGGCAGGCUUGUCCCGUCCAGCUCCAGGAAGCCAAAAAUGACAGAGGUUCAUUUGCCUUCGCUCCUUUCUAAUGAAGGUCGAAAAGAUAUAACUAGAGCUGAGAAGGAAGAGGAUAAAAGAGGAAAAACAGAAGAAGAGGCUCUUGUAACCAAAAGAGGGGAGCCAGUCAGGAUCAAGAUCUUUGAAGGAGGGUACAAAUCAAACGAAGAGUAUGUGUAUGUGCGAGGCCGUGGAAGAGGGAAGUAUGUAUGUGAGGAGUGUGGAAUUCGCUGCAAGAAACCCAGCAUGCUGAAGAAACACAUUCGCACGCACACAGACGUCAGGCCAUAUGUCUGCAAGUACUGUAACUUUGCUUUUAAAACCAAAGGGAAUCUGACUAAACAUAUGAAGUCAAAGGCCCACAGCAAAAAAUGUCAGGAGAUGGGCGUGUUGGUAUCUUCACUGGUGGAUCUGGAAGCCGAAGAAGGAACCAGUGAAGACCUAUUCCAGGACUCUGAGGGGCGGGAGGGAUCUGAGCCAAUUGAGGAACACCAGUUUUCAGACCUAGAGGAAUCUGAUGAUGAUGAUGACAAUGAAGAUGAGGAAGAUGAGGAGGAAGAGGAGAGCCAAGAUGAGCCACCUUUAAAGUUGCCGGAAGGCAAACAUCCCACCCUCCCGAUGCACUCUUCAGGUGGCUCUCCAUCUUCUCAAGAGGAAGGCACUGAAAUAGCAUUGUCCUUAGCCCAAGAAACUGUUUCCAGCAGCCAAAAAUCAGGAGAAGGCCAGCAGGCCUCCUCCUCAGGGCUGGAAACAAAGUGGUCAGCAGACAGCAGUGACAUUGCUGUGUGCCACAGCUUCUUGAGUCUCCACAGACCAGCUUUGACCUCCACCGAACAAUUGGCUUCUGCUGAAAGAGAGUCUGUCACAAGGCCACAGAUGUCCUUAGUUAUGGACCUGUCAACCUCAAAAGACACCUCCCCAAGAAAAAGGUGGUCUCCAAGCCAGGACUCUGGCAGAGGUGGUGGCAGCAGCAGACCAAUGCUAGCAAGAAAGCACCUAUUAACCAAAAAUGAAACUUCACCGAAACGGUUUUCACCAACUGGAGAACUGUCUUCUCUAAGGUGCCUGUCUCCAGGGAGAGGGUUGUCUCCUUGCCAGCGUGUCUCUCCCAGGAGGGAGGCAUCUCCACUGAGAUGCGUGUCACCAAGACUUGAGCUGUCGCCCAGCAGGCAUCUUUCCCCCAGAAGAGAGCUGUCCCCAAGAACAUACCUUCCACCAGAAGGAGAAGUCUCCCCUGUGAGGCACUCGUCACCAAGCAGAGAGAUGUCAUCAGUCAGAUAUUUAUCGCUGAAGAAAGUCUUGUCUCCAGGCUGUUCAGAGUCGUCUAGGUAUCCAUCCCCUGGGAAAGAGGACUUGCCUGGUACUAGCAAAUCAGCAGCAGAUGACAAAGUUCAGAGCUCAUAUCAAGCCCAGCAUGGGAUAUUAUCUUCGAUGCCUCUACCUCACAGGUUCUUUGGCAAAAACGUACAGCUCUAUGAGUCCAAGCUGAAGAUAGAACCACGAAGCCCAACAUGUUCACCUGGCGCCACACAGCCUGUCUGCUCCAGACCCUUGCAGGCACCUCAUGAAAUACACGUCCACGGUCCCAGCCGCGGGGAGGAGAAUGUCUUCAGCCAUCUCCCGUUGCAUUCGCAGCAGCUUACGAGGACCCCAUACCCUAUGAUUCCCAUUGGGGGCAUCCAGAUGGUCCAGGCGAGGCCAAGCACCCAUCCCAGCUUGGUGCCCAGUUCAGUUGUGUCCCUACAAGCAGGAUACUUCGCCUCUGGCAGCAGCAGCUUCACGGAGUUCAGCCGGGGUCCCAAGAGGGAUGAGGAGCCGCAGGUCCCACGGGAGCCAUCGUCGGCAUCUGUCUCCCCGGUUGCAAAGGUUUCUAAAUACACACUGUCCCCAGAGCUUACGAGCAGUGGUUACUUAGAAGAGAAAAUGAGGACUAGUGAGCUUCAGCAAAAGACAGACCAGGAGGAAUACAGGGUAAAAAUGUUCGCUGAGUCUAGCCACGCGGAGCAGGCAGGCCGCUCGGCAUCCCCAGCCAGCCCCAGCACAACCGACGAGCACUCUCCAAAGCCUUCGACAAGUGGGGAAGAACCCUUGAAAAAAACGGGCAAGAAGCAAUCUGGCAGCUCGAGCACUUCUUUUGAAUCAUCCUGCACUUUCAUCUCAGAUCUCCCCUCCCAGCCGUUGGACAGAAGCAGCAGCACCGGCUGCCUCUCAGAGCCCUCAUCGAGCCAUUCGCAUGCCCAACCGCUCUCUGUCCGGAGGAGAAACCUCUCCGGAGAGCCCAGUCGCCAAGGGGGAACCUCCAGGAAGAGCAGUCCACACCUAGAGCACGCAGAUUUAGGUCAAACUCAAAAAAAGGUGGAUGAAAACACGGGAAGUGCUUAAGCCUCCACCAUCUGUUCCACCUUUAGGCUUCCUAUGUAAAAUCAACAGACAUUUUCAACACUAUUUCCUUUAGUAUAAUCAUCGCUAUAAGAAGCACUCUAGUGAAUGACCAAACCCAUGGAAGAUUCCUGGUUUUCUUUGUCCCAGUCUGGUAUUAUCUCCACAUGUAUGCAGUUACUUGUGCCUUUUUCUAUACCUUUUGUUGCUUGAAAUGUACAAAACUGUUUGAGGCUGUGAAUAUUUUUUUAGAGUUUUUCGGAAAGGGGUUUGUUAGACCUUGUCUUUUUUGCCAUUUAGGUGUGCGUAAUUAUGGGCCUGAGAGAUGCAGAAAGGAAAGGGUUAAGCAUUUUAAGAGGAAGAAGAUGCACUGAAAACAAAAACAAAACAGAAAAACUUUUUUAUAUUGAUUAAAUGAUUAAAAAAAAAAACAACAAACCAAACCCUUGCUCCUGUGUACAGAAGUUUAUGAUUCGUAUUUAUUACAUGCUUUAUUUAAUUCUCGCAAAGUGCUUGUAUUUUUUUUUCUCGCAUCCCUCUGAUUGCCUAUGGUUGUGCUUUAAACAGUUGAGACUGCUUUACAUUUGAAAAACGUGUUUACCCUGAACUUGUAAAUGAAACUAGCACUUCCUUGAGUAGGGGGAGGUUCAUUCACAGCGAGAGAAAUUGUCACUCAAAUGAGAAAAUGAAUCUUGAGCAUCCCUCCCUCCUGCAGAACCCAUCAAAGCACUUUUCUAAAAAGGGACAAAAAAAAAAAAAAAAAAGGUUCUUUUUCAAAGAUUUAACUGCAAGAACAUAGGAAUGUAUCAAAUGUAGACCCAGUGCCAGGAAUGGUGUCUCUCGCUGGACGAGCCGGCCUCCUGCUUGCUUUAAUCCUUCCAUCCCACGCCCGCUCCCUGCGCGCACGGCCGCUCCGCGAUGCUCCCCACAUCGCCCUGGCAAAGUCAUGCCUGUGCCUGAGAGCCCCUCUUUUCUGGGGUUUGAAAGCCCUCUGUAAACACCCUCCCUUGGUUUAAAAGUGGAAGUAAACUCAGCCUUGCAACCAUUUUUCCUCCGUAAUUUUUUUUAGUUGCGGACACGCUCCCUCCAUCCCAUCCCCACUCAAUCCUGGCUGGUUUGGCUUUGUUGGGCUCUAGGGAUGCAGGCGUAGUUUAUGCUCUGCUCGUUUGCAUGCCUGCGGCUCUGUAACUCUGUGUCUUAUUUUAAUUUAAUUUAUUUAUUUAAGCGGAACGUCGCAAACGUAGUCCUUAUUGUGCAGAUGGGCCCUUUUUUGGUGUUUUGGAAGAAAAAAAGUUAUGAUGCUGAGUGGUUAAUGUUUGCAAUCAGCUUGUUAUGCAUGCACAAUAACUUUUUCCAGAGCAAAUUUUUAACUAUGACCAUCCGUAGCAGAGCAAUGGCCUCUACUGCCAAUAGAUACGAUACCAAAUACAGAGAGACCCGAUGGAGCCAUUCCUCUCUGUCACGUUAACACACUUUUUAAACUGCAAAUGUUCGAUACAUGUUUGCCCUAGCAGACAGCAAGCUCUUUACUACUUCAGAGGGUUUUCUGGUCUAUGGACUCUGUACAAACCUCUUUUUUUUUUUUUAUUUUAACAAAAAAAAAGAAAAAAAUAUAUGAAUAUUUAACCAGUGGACCAGUUCUUUCUUCUUUCAGAGCUGUUCCAGUUUAUCGGGUACGUAAUACACUUUUUAAAAAAAAAAAAAAAAUUAAAAAAAAUUAAAAGCGAUCAAAUAAAACCUGAAUGAAAACAUAUUUCAUUGCCAGACUUGAUGAGCUAUGAACUGUUCCCGUUUCACGGGCAAAUAAUAUAAAUUUUUUAAUAAUCUUCUGUGAUUUUUUUUUUUUUCUUGUAAAGGGAAUUAAGUACAAAAGAAGAUAUCAUGGAAAUAACAUUAAGGCUGUGACACUGACCAAAACAACAUCCAGAACCCAUUUAUACCUUAAUUAGCACUUUUAUCAAGUUUCCCUUUUUCCCAUCUUCCCCUUUGGCCCCAAGCCUGGAAGUUGGUUCUGCUUUCAAACCCAGCCAAAUCCUAUGGCAGGAGCAGGGGCCGGGAGUUCAGCUCACCAUAGCAACUCUGUUCAGUGAAACUCUUAGGCACAAGUUUGAAUCCUCCUCAGGCUUUAAGCGUGUGCUUAAUGUCAAGAUGACUCUCGGUGGACUGCUCCGCCAGGCUUGGUGUGGGCAUCCCUGGAAACCAUCCACCAAAUCUAGCAAAAGUUUUGACUUUCCUGGCUUCUGCCACUUUUUCACCCCUUGCCCUUGUCACACUCUUAACAUUAUUCCAAGAUAGCUUUCUGUAUUUAAUUUUUUUUUAUAUAUAUAUAUAUAUAAAUAUAUAUAUAUAUAUAAAAUUGUACAUAAAAAUAUUGCAGCAGUUGUGCACUCCUCAGCAUCCUGGUUUUGUUAGGUGCGUUUGACAUGAGCUUUGGGCUAGAUCAAAUUUGCUCGGCUUCUUUCUGUAACUGUAUUUUUAAUCCUUGACCUGUUGAAACUUUGCAUGUUUUGGGUUUUUUUUUCCUCAUUCUGUCAUUUCUGAACAGAGGAAAAGAAAAAAGCCCAACAAAACCCAGAAGUCACUACAUUGGUUUCUUGCUUUUGUUGUUGCGGUUGAUUUUAUUACUAUUAUUAUUAUUAUUAUUAUUAUUUUUUAAAGCUUUUCCAGCAGCUCAAGAUGAGUUGAAGCUUUCUGCAUCUCAGCUGCAGAGCAUCCAGGCUGGCAGCUGGUGUGUGCGACCAUCCAGAUGCCUUCGCCUGCGGCCAAAAAAAAGCGGGGAGAGGAGUUUGGGAAAGGGCCACGCAGCAGUGAGGUGCUCACCCUGCUCGGAUCCCAUACCCACCACUUGGCAGCCACGGAGUGGGCGUAUGCGGGGACCGCUGAAAACUCAGGAGAUGGUCAAAAAACCCAAACCCCAAGGCUGUGCCGAGUCUCAGCCCAGUUUGGCUUCUCAGCAGAGCGGCUGUGGGCAUGGCAGGGGAGGCUCUGGCUGGGGUGAAAUGGUGCUUCAUGCUAUACCUAACGGGCGCAAUAUGGCCUAUUGGAUAGGCAAAAAGGAUCACACACACACACAAAUUGAUACUUAAGGGCUAAUUCUCACUCUGACAGCUCAGAGCUCCGCGGGAAGGGCGUCCUCCUCUGCGCCGGCACCAGCAUCUCCGUCUGCGGGCAGGGCGGGCGUCCCCGAGGGGCAGCCCUGCUGUGAAAUCAUAGCGUGACCUUGUGCAAAUCGUGUCUCCCCUCUGCCUCAUACUCAGCCAAGGAGCACAGUGAUGCAGCUCCACCGAUUUCCAUAGAGUCGUGUGUUAUUUACAGUGGGGCUGAAGACCCACCCAUCACUGGUGGCUGCCUUCCCUACCUGGAGCACCUGUUGGCUCCCAGUGUCACACGAGGUGAAAGCUGUUUGCAGGUCACGGCUUUUAGUAUCACUCUAGGAGUCUGUUCUGUCUGCAAACUAGAGCUGAUAAAUCCUGAUUUACUUUUCACAAGGGCUGCAGGGGUGGCUAAGUUUGUAUCCGUACAGACGCUUUGCAGAGCAAUUAGCAGUAUUAUUUGCAAGAGAAUGUAUUAAUAAUGCAAAUAGGCAAAUUAAAAAUCAGAGCCCAGCCUUUCCUUUUCAUCAGCGGGUGGAAAUAAAAUCCCCUGCUUUUCUUAUGGCAAGCGGUUCUUAAAUUUAUAGUCCAUGAAGGCAUGUGACCUCCAGAGACUGGCUGCUCCUCUUUGUUAUGUCGCUGGUUAAUUGGCCAAAACCCUACUCUGAUAUUUCCUUCCCUGGUAAGCUGUUUGUGUAGCUCCCAUGAACGCAGGUACUCAAUGGCAAACGGAUGCUCUGGCACCCAAGAAAUCAUUCUGCAUGGAGGACUUGGCCCAUGCUCUUAAAUAACUCCUUGAAACAGUUAUGUUAAGUACCAAGCCUUAUAGCCGGAGCUAAUACAGCACUUGUGCAUUGGCUUAAGCUUAAGCAUUUCUGGAGUUUCAGUAACUUCUUUGUGCUUAAGCAUGCAUUUAGGUUCUUUUAUCAAGGUUACAGAGCUCCGUGUCUUGCAGGACUGAGCAGACCAUGGGAGGAGGAGAGGGGGGCAGUUGGCUCCCCAAAACGACCCCGUGCCUUGAAGCAGCUCUCUGUCAGCUCUAAUUAUUCACAGGUUGUUGGCUGGAUACCCAGGAACUGCAGCAGGAAACUCUUAAAAGUAAUGAUGAAGUAGCUGUGACUUUACAGCUUAUGACUGGGAAAGGUAUUUCAUCACCUGCUCCUAAGAGGUGACAUUUUCAACCCUGUUGUCUCUAAAGUUAACACUCCUCAGCCAGUGCUCGGGCUGGCUGAUAACAGCCACCGGCCAGACCCAAACCCCGCUCUCGCUCCAGCCCUGUCCCAGCUGCCAGGGUUUGCCGCGAGUGCUGCCCGCUCGCCUGGCUGGAGGCAGCUGGAGCUGGGGCUGGGCCUGCCAGCCCGCGGGCAACCAGGGCAAAGAGACCCAGCGCCCUCCUGGCCCCGGCCCUCCACUCUGCCGGAGCCAUGGCAGCCACAACUGGCCACCUCCCCAUCGCUUCUCUUCCACCUCCACCAAAAAAUACGCAGAAGAGUUGAUUUUUCUCUUAAGACAGCUUUCACUUUUACCUGGUUUUUGUUUUAAAUCCACAGAAGCAGCACCUGAACAAGCAAUAUAGUUGGUCACGCAGAAGUCAUUAAAAUUAUUCCAAUUUUCAUGCAAAACCCUGGACAAUUUGAUCUAGCCCUUUUCUGCUGUUCUUGCAAUAGCUUUUCAUUUGCUGACUUGGUUUCAUCAUGUGCUUUUCUUUCUUUUUUAAUAUUUCCAUCUAUUGCACAGUAUUUACAAAUAAAACCAUAUUGUAAAUUAUUUACAAAAAAUUAAAAAAAAAAAGAAAAAAAAAAUCAGUCCUGAUGGCAUAAAACAAAUCUGUUUUCAUUACUGAGAUAUGAUGGCACUUACGAUCACUUUAGUAAAUGUAAUGUAAAAAAUAAUAAUAAUAAUGUGUACGCAAAUUUAAUAUACAUGGUCUCAUGUAAGAUAAAUAUUUGCCUUUUUUUCUAAAAGGUGUAUGUAUUCUGUAAGUGGAAUAGUCUGUAGAAAGUUUCUAUAUGUUCUUAAAAUGGCAAUACAUUCCAAAAAAGGUACUGUAAAUAUGUACAGCGUACAAUGUAAUUUGGUAGUUUUGCCUGUAAUUUUAUUUUAACUCCAGUUUCUACACUUGCAUCUUGCAAUGUCUGUAUGGUUAUAUCAGUGCAAAAAAAAA